AUGACACACUCCGAAGUGAGUAAAGAAACACAAAGCGACCCUGCAAUGCAGAAGCUGAAACUAGCUAUUAUGGAAGGAAACGCAAACUGUUGGAAAGAUUCUGACAUCGCGGACUUCAAAGCAAUUAAACAUGAAUUGUCAGUUGAAGACAAUGUGAUACUCCGUGACACAAGAAUAGUCCUUCCGACAAGCCUAAGAUCCCGAGCAGUAGAUCUAGCACACAAAUCCCAUCAGGGCAUAGUGAAAACUAAGCAGUUAAUACGCGAAAAAGUCUGGUUCCCAGGAAUAGACAGUAUGGUAGAACGCAAAGUCAAGAAUUGCCUUGCCUGUCAAUCGUCAUCAUCGAUCGGUUCACCACCAGAGCCACUGAGAAUGUCAAAGCUUCUAGAAAGUCCGUGGAAAGAAGUAUCCAUAGAUUUUAAAGGACCUUUUCCUGCAGGAGAAUACCUACUUGUAAUCAUUGACGAUUUUAGCCGGUUUCCAGAAGUCGAAAUCGUAUCGUCUACCUCUGCAAAAGCUACAAUUCCGAAACUGGAUGCUGUCAGCUAA